UACGUUGCAAACAAUCGUCACGAAUAUAAAUUAACUCACAGCUGGACUGUUUGGAGAGGAGAUUUAACUUUUUGGUACUAUUUGCCUCGGUGUUUUUCGCAUACAGCUACAGAUGUUCACACCGCAUACCGUGUGACACAGCUGAUCGUUAUCGCGAAAACGCAAACUGAAUUACCCUUGACUAAGCGUUUGCUGGAGUGUCCAAGAUAUUUUCAGUUUUUUCCUGUUCCAUGCGCUUGACGACCAUGUGGUUUUGGAACGCCGUCACAGAUGCCGUAUCAGUUGUGUUGAUGACAUGGAGGUCACUCCGAGACAAGAUAUGGGCUCCAGGGUCAACUAUACCCGAACCUUGCUAUGUCCUUGACCUUGUACUCAAGAUUGUAUUUGGAAACAACAAACUGAAGAUAUUGGAGUUCCUUUUUGAACAUUUCUUUUCAUACGGACUUUUCAGAUACGAAAACAAAGUUUACGUAAUUGACACCAAAUGUUGCCAAACAGUCAUACAUAAAUCGGACAAAGGGGGAGAAAAGUAUCUUUCCAAUUCACCCCUUGGAGGCAGCUUCCUCGGAUCGCAAAACAAAAGCCCAGAAACCAGACGAUCAAUCGCCGCCAUAUUUAGAAAAUCCAACAUGGAAGAAAAGGGCUUGCUUAUGAUAAAAGACAUACAGAAAAUGAUUAAAAUAAUUUCUAAAAGUAGGAAAAUAAAUGUGAACGAAAUUACCUUGAAAUUAGCCCUUGACAUCGUGGGUCACGUUCUAAUCGACCUUGACCUUGAAGCUCUGGACGGGAAACAGGACGAAAUAUUGGAAUGCAUGACGACGAUCUUACACAAAGCCUACGCACUGGGGGAAAUAGCGUACGACUCGGAAGACUUCGUGAGGGCUAAUGAGGUUUUUGACAAACUGACAACAAAUAUUUUAGAAGACGCCCUUUCUUCGGAAGAGGCGAGGCCGAGUGUUAACCUUCCACAUCUCCUUCACACGUCAUGCGGGUUUGAUGAGGCCAAGGAUAACUUGAAGCUGUUCCUAAUGGCAGGGUCUGAGACGACGGCCGCCACAAUCCCUGUAGUGUUGCAUGUCCUGGCCUCCAGACCCGAUAUACAGAUGGAGCUGCAGACGGAAGCUGAUGAGUUUGUGGAGAUCCUACGAAGAGCACCCGGCUCCAUCCCACCCAAACUGGACAGUGCCAUGAAGGAAGUUCUCCGCGUCUAUCCUAUUGCCCCGUUCAUAAGUCGCCGCACCGACUCGGACCUCCAGCUAGGAGCUGUCCACGUCCCAGCAGGGUCUGAUUUGAGAAUCUUCACUUGGGGAAUCCAUCGAUCUUCCUUCAUGUGGGAAGAUUCCAAAGACUUCAAACCAGACAGAUUCCUGAAUCUCCAGUCGUCCACCAACAACCAAUCAUAUUCCUGGAUUCCAUUUGGUACCGGAUCACGCAUUUGUAUUGGUCAGCAUAUGGCGUGGGUGGAGCUACGCCUCGCUCUCACAUUCCUGCUUCAUCACUUCACAUUCUUCACCAUACCGGAAACUGCCGAACUACAGUUUUGCGUUGACUGGGAGCAUGCGGUUGUCCAUCCUGACAAAGACGUCAUUCUUGGAGUCAAGACAAGAUCACCAUGACGACCAGCGUCCACCAUCCCUGGUCGUGUCACCGGGGAACACAGACACAUGUACCUGGGAGACAGUCGGAAACCAGGACUGUGGAACUGAAAACCCCGCAAUCAUAUUCUUUCCAUUAAUUUGUAAUUAUUUAGAUGAAUAUACACAGAUAUCUUGUAUUUUCUUGUACAAUAAUCACGGAAGAUUGAGACUCCAAGCCUUGUAAAAAUGAUUUGUCCAUUGGAAUUAAAACAAUUUUAGAUAUU